AAAAUAUUUUGACGUUUUGACGAAAAUUCAUUUGGCAAAAUAAGUGUUUCGUUUCCAUUUGAAUUUUAAAUUAUUUAUUACUAUUCUAACGCAGAAAUUUGUUUUCAAAAAGUUACAUUAAUAUCUCCCGAAUGGGUCGGUAUCGUUCACAAACGAUGUAUUUGUGAUUUCCGAGUGAUAUUGGGCUCAAGUGCAGUCGUAUUGUUUACCAGCUAUACUCGCAGCUGAUCGAAGAUUAUCUACGAACUUUACUUCAUUAGUGUAAUUUCCCAAUGUCUACCACCAGCACCAGCAGCGAUCCAGCGGAUAAACGUACGAGUACGAGUAAACCGGACUCAGCUGGUAAGUUCCGGCACAAUGUCAGCGAAGGCGAUUGGAUAUGCAGUGACCCGCAAUGCGCUAAUUUGAAUUUCGCUCGACGUUUAAUCUGCAAUCGUUGUAAUAAAGAAAAAGAAGUCCUACCUAAGAAGAAACUAGGUCAAGAAAUCGGCAAAGCUGCGGCAGAAAAAAGUAAAGGAUUGUUUAGCGCCGAUGACUGGCAGUGCUCUAAAUGUUGCAAUGUGAAUUGGGCCCGCAGGCAACAAUGUAAUAUGUGUAACGCUCCUAAAUAUGGCGAAGUUGAAGAACGUACUGGUUACGGAGGAGGAUAUAACGAUAGAGGAGUCGUAGAAUAUAUCAGACGAGAUGACUCGGACGACGAAUACGACGAAUUCGGCAGACGAAAGAAAAAGAGAAGCGAUCACAGAAGUAGUGACCGAAGUUCACCCGAAACCACUCGUAGCAGACGAAACGAUGACGAUGAAGAAGAACAUAAGGCAGAAAAAGAAGUAGAAGAUGAUGAAGAGGAGGAGGAGGAAGAGGACGACGAUGGAGAUUUAUCAAAGUACGAUUUGACCGAAUGGGACGAUCUGCCAGCUGCCCCCCAAGACUCUCAAAAGAACAGAGAUCGUAGUGAAAGAGUUAGUAAUCAUAGCAAACAUCGUAGAAGUCGGUCUCGUUCAAGAUCGCCUAAUUAAUUAAACAUUACAUCUUUAUUUUUGAUUUUUUUUUUUUUGAAGAAAGAAGAUAUUACUUUUUGAUGUACGUUUGUCCAUUUUUUUUUCAACGCUGCCAAGUGUUAUCAGUCGUUUUCGAAACCAUACCUACCAAGUUUAAUCUCGGUGACGUUUAUUUUAGUGUUAAUUCGUUCCUCCUGUUUGGAGGGAAUUUUUUCGAAGAACUAAUGGACACGAAUCUAAUUUUACUGUGUGUGCGAUUCUUUUCUCAUUGUCGAUGUAUAAGGAUUUCUUAUCGAGUAAUCUGUGUUUUAGUGGGAAUUUAGUUCUGUAGUACCAAUCGCCGGAUUGGUAAUAAUAAUUGACUUUUAUGUUAUGCUAUUUUAAAUUAUUACGAAUUGCCUGUUUUUAGUAACUAAUUCAUUACCUAUUUACGAGAACUUCUGGAUUCAUGAAUCGAAUGACAUUAUUAUCGUGGACCGAAUUAUUUAAUUUUUAAUAUCGUUUUUAAUAUUUAUAUUAUUUAUUCGCUUUUUGUGUGUACAUUUUUACGACAAUUAGUUUCAAAACGAUGUAAAUUAUUCUCAACUUGUAUGUACAUUUCCUCCCAAAAAAAAAAAUGUGUAAUUUUCUUCCGGAAUGCUUGUUUCUCACUAUGCAAACCUCAUCAUAAUUUUCUUUCUCAGUUGUGUUCCUGAUCAUUCAUUUAUUAUUCGUUUAAGUGUGUGUUUGUGAAACGGAAAUGGUUAUUUAUGUAUGCUUUGGGGGGCUAGGGGAUAUUUUCCAAUAGAGUACGUUUGAUUUUCCAGUUACCGUACAAGAUAUUACUGUUCUUGUUUCAGUAUAUUAUGAUGUACCCAUAAUAAAAAUCCGUGUUUACAAUUUAACUAUACCAUGUACAUAAUUUAUACUUGUUACCAAAAAAUGCCUUCUCGAUGCAUUUCUUAUUACUGAAGGAAAAAUAAAAAAACAAGUACCAGGAUUAACUUCGAAACAGUUCUGGCUUUUCUUAACAUACUUCGUGUGAUUGUAUUACCGAUUCGUUCUGAGUUUAGUAUCACUUAUGCGAUGUAUUUUAAGCAUAUAUUCAUGACGGGUUUCGUUUUAAACGCAUUACGAAUUGUUAUUUUGUUUAAGUAGGUUAUUAUGUGUAGAGACGUAUUAUUUAUAAGCACGUGCUUCGAUGAAAUAUAAUUUUGCGCAAUGAAA